AGCAUUUCACUGAAGUAUUUGAGGCUGCUAAUGUUGACGCUGGGUUAGCGGCAGGCAUCUUCCACCGCAAAGAGUAUUCGAUAGCAGACGUCAAAGUAGCCGUAAAGCAGGCAGGCAUCCCCACACGAGUGUUGUAA